AUGACGUUUGCUUUGCAAGACAUAGAUCCAUCUCUUCACUCCCAAAGUUAUGAGAAAGAAGCACUUAAAGGGUCCUUAAGGUUCAUUCACUGGACAGGCCUUGGUACCACAGAUUAUCCCGAUUAUCCAGACUAUUCAAACUAUGAUUCUCUAAUCAUGCAACCUUGCUCUAAGCUGGGAGUCAGGAACUUCACAAAAGCAUUUCUGCCAGUUGCAUAUUCAUUGAUUUGUAUCAUUGGCCUCGUUGGUAACAUCUUCGUAGUGAUGACCUUUGCUUUAUAUGAAAGAACCAAGUCCAUGACGGAUGUGUACCUCUUCAACAUGGCCAUAGCAGACAUACUGUUUGUUCUCACUCUUCCACUGUGGGCAGUGAAUUAUGCUGCUAAUGAAUGGAUUUUUGGUGAUUUAAUUUGCAAAAUUGCUCGAGGUAUCUAUGCAAUCAACUUCAGCUGUGGCAUGCUGCUUUUGGCCUUUAUCAGCGUGGACCGGUACAUUGCUAUCGUACAGGCUACAAAGUCAUUUAAACUCAGGGCAAGAACACUUGCAUAUAGUAAACUCAUUUGUUUGGCUGUGUGGGUAUCAUCAAUUUUAGUCUCUAGUUCCUCUUUUAUUUACAGUGAAAGUUACACCUUCUCCAUCAAUGAAACCAAAGAGAUUUGUGAUCACAGAUUUGACAAAAAGUCUGAAAGCAAAAUGCUGAAAUCAUUGCUGUUGUGGUUACAAGUUGGAUUUGGAUUUUUUAUACCUUUCAUAUUCAUGUUUUUUUGCUACACCUUCAUUGUCAAAUCCUUGCAACAAUCUCAGAAUUCCAAAAGAAACAAAGCAAUCCGUGUGAUCAUAUUAAUUGUAGCUGUUUUUCUAGUUUGCCAGGUACCUUAUAACAUUAUUCUUCUUGUGACAGCUGUAAACAUGGGGAAGAUAGACAAAUCUUGUGAAAAUGACAACAUAUUGGCUUAUGCAAAAUACACCACUGAAGCCAUAGCAUUUUUACACUGUUGUGUGAACCCUGUGCUCUACGCAUUUAUUGGAGUGAAGUUCAGAAGUUAUUUUGUGAAGCUAAUGAAGAACCUAUGGUGCAAGAGGUAUAAGAAAUACAAUAAACGUAGUUCAAAGACAAGCUCUGAUACUUAUCAUUCAAGACAGACUAGUGAAAUUCUGACUGACACUGGAUCUUCUUUUACGAUAUAA